AUGACUGUUCCUGACGAGGUUGAUAUCAUCGUGUGUGGAGGUGGAAGCUCAGGAUGUGUUCCUGCUGGACGUCUUGCCAACCUCGAUCACAACCUCCAAGUCCUUUUGAUUGAGGCCGGUGAGAGCAACUUGAACAACCCUUGGGUCUACCGACCAGGCAUUUACCCCAAAAACAUGAAGUUGGAUUCCAAGACGGCUACCUUCUACUACUCACGACCUUCUGAGUGGCUUGACGGCCGUCGCGCCGUUGUCCCUUGUGCCCAUAUCCUUGGUGGCGGCAGCUCGAUUAACUUCAUGAUGUAUACGAGAGCGUCAGCUUCAGAUUACGAUGACUUCAAAAUGAAAGGCUGGACCACUAAGGAGCUGAUUCCUCUUAUGAAGAAGCACGAGACCUACCAGCGUGCGUGCAACAACCGAGACAUUCAUGGUUUCGAAGGCCCAAUCAAGGUCUCUUUCGGCAACUAUACCUACCCCAUCAUGCAAGACUUCCUCCGAGCUGCUGAGAGCUUGGGUUUCCCCGUCACGGAUGAUCUCCAGGAUCUUACCACUGGUCAUGGUGCGGAGCACUGGCUCAAGUGGAUCAACCGAGACACUGGGCGACGAUCUGAUGCUGCUCAUGCGUACAUUCAUGCUACUCGAGCCAAAUACCAGAACCUCCAUCUCCAAUGCAACACCAAGGUCGACAGAGUGGUGAUUGAGAACGGCACUGCUGUCGGUGUCCUCACUGUCCCAACCAAACCUGUCGGUGGCAGAGACAUCCCUCGCCGGUUCUUCAAAGCCCGUAAGCUCGUCAUCGUCAGCUGCGGCACUCUCAGCUCUCCUCUUGUACUCCAACGAUCUGGCAUCGGUGAUCCAGAGAAGCUCAGAAAGGCCGGUGUUAAGCCUAUCGUUGACCUUCCAGGGGUCGGUCUGAACUUCCAAGACCACUACCUCACCUUCGCCACUUACCGUGCCACUCCAGAGACAGAGUCCUUUGAUGACUUUGCCCGAGGUGUCCCUGAAGUCCAAAAGGCUGUCUUUGACGAAUGGAACCUGAAGGGUACUGGUCCAUUGGCCACCAAUGGUAUCGAGGCUGGUGUGAAGUCGCGACCCACUGAAGAGGAACUCGAGGAGAUGAAGAGCUGGCCCACACCUGACUUCAGCCCCGGUGGAUGGGAGAGCUACUUCAAGAACAAGCCCGAUAAACCUGUCAUGCACUACUCGGUCAUUGCUGGCUGGUUUGGUGACCACAUGGACAUGCCUCCCGGAAAGUUUUUCACCAUGUUCCACUUCCUGGAAUACCCCUUCUCUCGUGGUUUCACGCACAUCACCUCGCCAGACCCAUAUGAUGCUCCUGAUUUUGACGCCGGUUUCAUGAACGACAAGCGUGAUAUGGCACCGAUGGUUUGGGGCUACAUCCAAUCCCGUGAGACUGCACGUCGCAUGAGAGCCUAUGCUGGUGAGGUCACGGCAAUGCACCCACAAUUUGCCUAUGACUCGCCUGCGCGGGCACGCGAUCUGGAUUUGGCAACUCGCAACGCCUAUGCUGGUCCUAACCACUUGACCGCUAAUAUCCAACACGGAUCUUGGACUGCUCCCCUUGAGGCUGGCAAGACCACCGAACCCAACUGGCUUAACUCCAACUGCCAGGAAGAUCGCUCCGAGAAACUCAAGUACAGACCAGAGGAUGUCGCCCACAUCGAGAAAUGGGUUCAGCGACACUGCGAGACUACCUGGCACUCUCUUGGUACUUGCAGCAUGGGUCCCAAGAAUGGUAACAGCGUUGUCAAGCAUGGUGUCUUGGAUGAGAGACUGAACGUCCACGGUGUCAAGAACUUGAAGGUCUCUGACCUUAGUGUCUGCCCCGACAAUGUCGGUUGCAAUACAUUCUCCACUGCCUUGCUCAUCGGUGAGAAGUGUGCCGUUUUGUCCGCAGAGGAUCUCGGCUACAGCGGAGCGGCCUUGGACAUGAAGAUCCCAACUUAUCAUGCUCCUGGCGAGUCUGUCGGUCUUGCUCGCUUGUAG